CUCCCAAGCAGCACCGUCUCGACAAACGUGGUCGACUCAUCAGUGUGACCAGGUCGCUUGGAUUUAAGCGGCCGCCGCCCGCCAUGUUGCAUACACUGAACGCACUCGCCGGCAAAAUAUCCCCGGGCGGCGGCCUAGACACAAAUGCGAAUAGACACACGCAGCCGAACAAGAACCACAACCACAAGACAUCACCAUCGUCGCCCUACAGCAAACCGAAUGGGAUGAACAUGAACAUCAACAACAACAACAGCACCAGUAUAAACAACAAUAACAAUGACGAGAAGCCCGAAAUGCCAGACCCCGACUAUAUCAAGAUGUUCGUGGGUCAGGUGCCAAGGAGCAUGGAUGAGAACGACCUCCGUCAAAUGUUCGAGGAAUUCGGUAGGGUGCACCAGAUCAACGUGCUACGUGAUAAGAUAACUGGAGCCAGCAAAGGGUGCUGUUUUGUGACGUUUUUCACUCGCAAAGCGGCGUUGAAAGCCCAAGACGCUUUGCACAAUAUCAAAACAUUGAGCGGGAUGCACCACCCCAUCCAGAUGAAGCCGGCUGACAGUGAAAAUAGAAAUGAACGCAAGCUAUUCGUGGGCAUGUUGAACAAGAAGUUGUCUGAGAACGAUGUGAGGGCAUUGUUUGCUGGGCACGGAGCCAUCGAGGAGUGCACCGUGCUGCGUGACGCACAGGGCCAGAGUAAAGGCUGCGCGUUUGUCACAUUUGUGUCGAAACAGGCCGCCAUCGCCGCUAUUAAGGCUUUACACCACAGUCAAACCAUGGAAGGUUGUUCAGCGCCGUUAGUCGUGAAAUUCGCUGACACGCAGAAGGAAAAGGAACAAAAGAAAUUGCAAGCCAUGCAGGCGAGCCUUUGGGGGCUGACGGCACCCAUAGCCCCUGCAACUUACCUCGCGUCGGAGGCAGCACUGUCGCCCGCGACGCAACUGCAAUUACUGCAGCAACUGCAAGCUGUUGGAUUGCAACAACAACUACUACAAGGCCAAGGAUCCACGCUGCUGCAAGGCGUAAACUACCAGGAUAUUGGUUUCAAUGGUGCAGGCCUGAGUGGGAGCACCGUCAGCGGAGUGGGAUCUUUAGGUGGGGGUGCGGCUGAUCAACUUGGGGGUCUUUUAGCCCCUGUGUCAGUGCAGAAUCUAGCUGCGCUCGCAGCCAUGACGCAGCCGCCGGUAGUGACGCAAGCUGCUGCUAUCCAGCCAGCCAGCGCGCCCCAACAAGCCGCACCACCAUUGUGGUCCACAGCUGAGCCUCUAAGCUCGGCUUACGCCGCGCAAUUCGGCACAGCUUUCGCAGCCGCUCCAUUAGGAUCAGUGUUAGGGUCUGCUGCCGCCGCAGCCGCUGGGAAGCAGGUUGAAGGUACGGGUAAUCUUUAUUUUGCUGGUCCUGAAGGCGGGAACCUGUUUAUUUACCACCUGCCUCAGGAGUUCACCGACACGGACCUCGCGUCCACUUUCCUGCCGUUCGGCCACGUGAUAUCGGCUAAAGUGUUCAUAGACAAACAGACGAACCUGUCAAAGUGCUUCGGUUUUGUCUCGUAUGACAACGCGGCGUCUGCGCAGGCCGCCAUACAAGCCAUGAACGGUUUCCAAAUAGGUACAAAGAGACUCAAAGUUCAAUUGAAACGUUCUAAAGAACUAUCGAGACCGUAUUAAAUAUUCCAGAACUCGUUCCUAGUGAAUUUUCAAAAAAAAGAGUAAAAAGAAACUUUGCAAAGAGGUUGUAAGAUUCCGAACGUUUGUUGUGAUGUAUCCCGUGCACUUGAACUGACUUGUUUGGUAAGGUACGCUAAUAAAUGAACGGUCGAGUCCACGUGCACAGUUGUUAACUAAAUAAGAAUAACGUUAAGGUUUGUGUCAAAGGAUUUAUCGUUUCCAAAGUAUUCCCCAAAUUGUUUAUUAUAUUAUUAUAAUUAUUAUUUUCUUAACAUUUAAGUUUUAGUCACAUUAAGCAUAAGUUAAAGGAUCGAUACAUUUCGCAAGCGCCAAAGAGCUGGUGAUUUUGAAUGAUUACCAUAUUAUGUCUACACAAUCAUAAUAAAACUGGCGAGAAAAUUGUUUAUUCAUACACAAAGAUGUAAUUGUCAUUGUCCAAAGUCUCGGUCGGUAUCGAGGUACCGAAUACCGAUUAGUAUUUUGCUUAUAUACACCGUUAAGUUCAUUAGAACAAUUACUUAUUAUUAUAUUAAUGUUUAUUAUUGUUACAGUUAUUUUAUUUUCUUUUAUUUUAUGUUACCAACUUGAUAGUUAAUUGUAAAAUAAUACCUAUACCUAAUUAUUGUGGCCAUUGUCAGUUUUUCAGUCAACUUUUGUUCGUUUAAAAUUUUAAGUGUUUAGAUUAACGAAGUGAUCUCAAAGUGAUCAGUGUAUUUAUUAUUUACAUUACUUGUUCUCAAAUAGUGUACUUAACGUGGACGUGCGUGGAUCCUAUCUAUGUCCCGUCCGUCAACUAACAGCCUGACGAAAAGGUGCUUCAAAUAUUUCAGAAAUUCGUACAUAAUUUUCUAUUUAUUUGCCAAUUUAUCAGUGGAAUAUAUACCUUCAAAUAUAAUUAAUAAGUUUUAAUUAUCACUUUACGACCAAAAUACACAAGGAAAAUUUUAAA